AUGCAGCACACAGGGGAGUUCGCAGCUGCUGCUGCUGCAGCUCCUGCUCCCCCUGCAGCAGCAGCAGCAGCGCCCGAGCCGCCUGAGCGACCAGCAGCAGCAGCAGCAGCAGCAACUGCUCCUGCUGCAUCUGCUCAAGGAAACCUGCGGCAGCAAAAGCGCAGCAGCUCGGAUGUCCGCCAAUCCCCGCGCAGCGUGCGCGUGUCUCCUCGCCGAGCAGCAGCAGCUGCAGCUGCAGCUGCAACAGCAGCAGCAGCAGGAGCAGCAACAGCAGCACCAGCAGCAGCUGCAGCAGGUCCUUGGCAAGACAGGGAGCGGCACCAGGUCCCUGGUAUAAGCAACAGCAUUCGGCAGCAGCAGCUGCAGCUAGCAGAUGCAUGCAUGCGUCUUGCUGCUAGAGCUGCACGUGAAUCGCAAUGGGCAGCAGCAGCAGCAGCAGCAGCAGGAACGACAGCAGCAGACCCACUGCAGGCAGCAGCAGCAGCAAGCAGCAGCCUCCACAUCAGCAGGUCUCUUGCCGCAGGUGGCAUUGCAUGCGCCCCUCUGGGCGUACGCAUGCGAGCUGCUGCUGCUUCCUUCGACUGUGAUGCUGCAGCAGCUGCCCGCGGUUUUGCUGCUGCUGCUUCUGCUUCAGGCUCCUCUGCUGCAGCACCAGCAAGCAGCAGCGCCAUCUACAGCAGUAUCGGCGGCAGCAACAGCAGCAGCAGCAACAGCAACGGUUUGCCGAAUGGAGGGGGGCACGAAUGCUGCGGCGCAGCAGCAGCAGCAGCAGCAGCAGGAUCAGCAGCUGCGGGCGCAGCAGCGGGACAAGGGGCUCCAUCGGGAGCUGCUGAAGCAGCAGGUGAAGCAGCAGCAGCAACAACAGCAGCAGGGGCAGCAGCAGCAGGCCGUGCUGCAGCCUCUCGGGGCCGUCGCAGGUCCUCCCUCGGUGCAAGCACGUCUGCUGCAGCAGCUUGCGUGGAGGCAGCAGCAGCAGCAGCAGCAGCAGCGGCGGAGAAGCGGCUUGAGUUUAAUUUGUUGCGACUCAAGAGCAGCAGCAGUUUGCUGCUGACAGGCUCAGAUAUCCGGGUCCUGCUGCAGUGGAAGCAAGAAGAUGUGCUGCUGUACGAGCAGCACGAGCUGCUGCGGCAGAUGCACGAGAGGCUGCUUCGCAUGCAGCAGCAGCAGCAGCAGCAGUUGCCGCCUUCAGCUCCGCAUCUGGUGCUUCUUGACAGCCCUGUUUCGCUCAUACCUCCUCUUGCUGCAGCAGCAGCUGCUGCUGUUGCAGCAGAGCAGCGGCAGCAGCAGCAGCGCCGGUGCCAGGAGUAUCGGGUGCUGCAUGCGUUCGCGCUGCAGCAGCUGCUGCAGCUGCUGCUGCUGCUGGGCCUCCCUCGUUUUGCUGCUAAGCUGGCAGCAGCAGAUUUGUUUAAAGACUCCGGCCUCUGCGCUUUAGGGGCGAUAGGCCAGAGAAGAAUAGAGGAGUGGGAAGCAGCGCAUGCAAUUGUUGCUGCUGCUGCUGCUGCUGCUGCAGCUGAUCCGGCUGCUGAUGCGGAUGCAUGCAGCCCCAAGGCAGCAGCAGCAGCAGGAGCAGCACCUCAGCCUGUUCAGGGGGCCUCAGGGGAGGCCGGUCCUGGUGCUGCUGCUGCUGCUGCUGGAGAUAGAAGCAGCAACAGCUGCAGCAGCAGCGCUGCUGUGGAACCUGCUGUUGCUGCUGCUGCACAGAGUCAGCGCGAUGCGACAGCAGCCGCAGCAACGAAGCCGGCAGCAACAGGAAAUGCAGCAGCAGCGGCUGCAGCCGCAGCAGCAGCAGCAGCAAAUGCAGCGGGGCUUAAGGGUGCUGCUCAUGCGGCAGCUGUCGCAGCAGCAGCGGAAGGUGCCGUGCUGCGCUGCUGUGCAGCAGCAGCAAAGCUUGCGUCGGCAGAAAUAGGUCUUGGCACUGCAGCAAGCAACAACAGCAACAGCAGCAGCAGCAGCAGCAACGCCUUGAAGGUGCCGCUGCUGCUGUCUCGCGUGCUGUAUGUACACUACCACUCGCUGCCCCUCUCCGCUCCUUCGGAUUGGAUGUCGCUGCAAGACAUCGCCCACAUGGUAAGCAGCAGCAGCAGCAGCAGCAGCAGCAGGAGCAGAUGCAGCAGUGCAGGUGCACCAGCAGCAGCAGAUGCAGCAGGGCAGAUGCAGCAGCAGCAGCAGCAGCAGAUGCAGCAGUGCAGAUGCAGCAGCGCAGAUGCAGCAGCAGGAGAAGAUGCAGCAGUGCAGAUGCAGCAGCAGAAGAUGCAACAGCAGCAGCGGCACGUAGGGGCGCUUUCGUCUCCUAGCGAGCCCUCGCUUGAGCCUGUGCUGCUGGUUUUGCUGCCUCGCCGCCUCAAGUAUCCGUGUCAGCAUGACGACAACUCCAAGCACGCUGUCGUGGUGGGGCAGGGGCAAGCGAUUUGUUUGGCCUCGCCUUUGCUCGUUGAGGCCGUGGAGCUUGCAGCAGCAGCAGAAGCAGCAGCAGCAGCAGCAGCAGGAGCAGCAGGAGCAGCAGCAGCGGGGAACGCAGCCCAUACAAACUCCGAAGCUGAGUCCGGAAAGGGCUCAGCAGCAGCAAAGGCGCCCUUUUUGCUUCCAGGUGUUCAGUCAAGAACAGCUGCUGCUGCAGCAGCUGCUGCUGCAGCUCGUGGCAGUUGCAGCAGCUGCAGCAGCAGCAGCAACAGCAGCAACUGCACGGUUUGCGGCGGCUCCGGCAGGAGCUGGAGAGUGAUCGGUGGAGGUGGAGGUCUGUUUCCGUGCAGCAGCAGCAACAGCAGCAGCAGCAGCAACUGCAGCAGCAGCAGCAGCAGCGGCUUGAUGUCUCUAAGCACGUGGGAGAACAGCUACCCCACAUUUUCUGUGCGGGGUUUGUUGAUGGUUGCGCUGAUGGCCCACAGGCAUUUGCUGCUGAAGGCAGCAGCAGGAGCAGCAUCAGCAACGUUAACUGCUGCUGCUGCUGCAGGGUUGCAUGCGAAGCAGCUCGUACUGCUCUCUAAUGAGCCCCGCCUAAGGCAGUACCUCUGGCCCAGACGCGCCCCGCAGCAGCAACGCCAGCAGCAACAGCAGCAGCAGCAGCAGCAACAGCAGCAGCAGCAGCAGCAGCAACAGCAGCAGGGCAGAGACGCUAUGCCAGGGACGGCGGAGACGUCGACUGCUACGGAGGCAGCAGCCUCAGCAGCAGCAACAGCAGCAGCAGCAGCGGCAGCAGCAGCAAUGACCGACACCGAAUUUGUGGGACGGCCUUCGCGGCUGUCUUGUGAUGGUUGCAGCCUCAUGUGGCUGCGCGUCGUGUCCGGCAGCAGCAGCAGCAGCAGCAGCAGCGAGUCCUGCUGCUGCUCUGCUGCAGACGGCAAAGAAGCCUCGUCGCCCAAGACACACUGGAUGCAGCAGCAACAACAGCAGCAGCAGCAGCAGAAGCAGGAACUGAAUUCGCCAAAGGCUGCAGCAGCAGCACGCCGCAGUGCGUGGGCUUCGUCUGAAUCCCCCAUAGCAGCAGCAACAGCAGCAGCAGCAGAAGCAGCAGCAGCAAGGAGCAGCAGCCCACGAGCCGCAGCUGCAGGCGCUGCUGCUGCCAGCAUUUCUGUGCCUGCUGCUGUGCUGCCGCGGAAGAAGCGACCUUUAGCAGCAGCAGCAGCAACAACAACAGCAGCAGAGGCCGAAGGCAGUGAAAGCUGUAUCUGCACUCCUACAGGUUCAGGGCAGCGCAGCAGCAAACGAUUAGCAGCAGCAGCUGCUGCUGCUGCCGCCUCAACAGCAACUUCUCCUCCUCUUGUUCUUCCCAUUGCACGACCACCCCCUCGCAGCUGCCGCAGCAGCAGCAGCAACAGCAGCAGCAGCAGCAGCAACAGCGCAUCAUGCCCUAGAUUCAAUGGGAAGGAGAAGCAAGAGAAGGCAGAGCGCGCUGCCUCGCCAGCAGCAGCAACGACGGCAGCAACAGGAGCAACAGAAGCAGAAGCACAGCCAUUAGCUGCAGCAGCAGCUCCACCUGCUGCAGCAGCUGCACCAACUGCAGCAGCAGCUGCUGCUGCUGCAGCAGAGUGGCCUCCGCCCGAAAGCCUUCAGCUGGGCCCCCUGACGCUACUGAACGUUCGUCAGUGGCUGCGGCAUCUUUCUGGUGAGCAGCAGCAGCAGCAGCAGCAGCAGCUUCCGCUGAGUGCAGCAGAGAGCCAUUUGUAUGCUGUCGCUGCAACAAAUCGCUGCGUGCUGCCGUCUGCUUCUGCUCCGCUGCUGCUGUGCGUGACUCGCAAUGACGGGAUACCUGGGAUUAGCAGCAGCAGCAGCAGCAGCAACAACAACAACAACAACAUUAGCAGCAGCAGCGCAGCAGCCGCUGUGGCAGCAGCUGCUGCUGCAGAUGUGGGGUCGUCAGAACUCGAUGCUGCUGCUGCUGCUGUUCUUGCGGAUGCUGGAGAUGCUUCGGCUCCCGUGCCUGUCCUGGGUGCAGCAGCAGAUGCUGCUGCAGCGCACGAAGCAGCAGCAGCAGCAGCAGCAGGACCUCAGCGCGUGAACGAAUUGGCGACGAGAGGUAGCAGCAGCAGCAGCAGCAGUGCUGCAGCACGCCACAGGCCCUUUGUAAUUCCAAACAGGCACGCGGUGAUGUUUUCGCUUCGUCGCCGCUGCAGCAGCAACAGCAGCAGCGGCAGCUGCUGCUGCUGCUGCUGCAGGAACAACACGAGGGACCUGCGCGGCAGCAGCAGCAGCAGCAGCAGCUGCAGCAGCAGCAGCAUGAAGGUGGUAGUCGGCUUUGGGCCCCCCUUCCCCAUCAGCAGCAACAUUCAUCUGACGGGACAAGCAGACGAAUGGAGACUGCAGCAGCAGCUGCUGAUGGCUUUGCAUCUGCAGCAGCGGCAUCUGCUGCAGCAGCAAGGGAUACCGCCGCGCAGGCAGCUGCAAGCCGUUGAGUUGGCUCAGCAGCAGCAGCAGCAGCAAGCAGCGGAGCAGCGGGAGCAGCAGCAGCGCAUGCUCCUGCUGCGCUCCAUGCUGCAACAGCACCAACUGCUGCAGCAGCAGCAGCAAGUGCUGCAGCAGGGAGAGACGCGCGCCUUACAAGACAGCUUCUCGCUGUUCUGGAGGCAGCAGCAGCAGCAGCAGCUGCUGCAGCAGUAUAUGCAGAAUGAGUUUGCGGGUUCCUGCGUCUGUGUAUAUGCGCCGACUACCAUCAUGUUCCCCACCCCACAGCAGCAGCAGCAGCAGCAACGAAGCCAGCAGCAGCAACAGCAGCAGCAGCAGCUGAUGCUGGCGACAGCAGAUGCCCUUGGCAUCCGGGGAACAAGAGCAGGGGCAGCUACAGCAGCAGCCGCAGCGGCAGCAGCAGUAGCAGCCCGUCAGUCUGCUGCAGCAGCAGCAACUGCUGCAGCAGGAACUCCAGCAGCAACGAAUGCUGCAGCAGGAACUGCAGCAGCAGCAACAACAGGAGCUAUGAGCGCCGUUGGUUUCGGUGGUGCUGCUGGGUUUGGGCCUGUGCUGGCAGCAGCUGCCCUUGCUGCUGCUGCUGCUGCUGCUUCGACGGCGUCUGGAGAUGCUGCUGGUGCUCCCGUUGCUGCUGCAGCUGCUGCUCCGACAGCAGCAGCAAACGCAGCUACAUCAGGAGAGAGAAGGCGCAUGUUGCCAGCAACAGAUACACGGCCGGGGCUUGCUGCUGCUCUGCUGCAGCAGCAGCAGCAGCAGCAGCCACCUCAGGUCAACUCCUUCUGUCUGGAGUCUUUCCGCCUGCUGCCUGUCCUUGCACUGCCGCAACAGCAGCAGCAGCAACAGCAGCAGCAGAAGGAUGAGCAGCAGCAACAGCAACAGCAGCUGCAGAAGCAAGAGGAGCAGCAACAGCAGCAGCGGCCGCGGCAGCUGCAGUCUCCGAGACGGCAGCAACUGGAAGCCCAAGCUACCCAAUCUGUAUCUGCUUCUUCUGCUUGUCCUGCUGCUGUUUCUGCUGCUGCUGCCUCAGUACAGAGGGGGGGUGAACAGAUGGAGGAGCAGCAGCAGCAAGACCAGCAGCAGCUGGUGUUGCAGCUUCGGCAGCUGCUGCAACGCAUGCAGCAGCAGCAACAGAUGAUAAGCGAGCUUGUGUCUUCUCCUUUGUUGCUUGAUGCUGCGGAUCGCAGCACAUUUCCUCCCUACCCACCGCAGCAGCAGCAGCAGCAGCAGCAGCAUUUUCACGGGGAGGCAGCGCAACGGCAGCAGAGUGCGCAGCCGUCGCAAGAGCUGCAGCAGCAGCAGCAGCAACGCCGGUAUCCAGGGGAGCAGGAGAGACCUCCCAGGCGCAGCAGCGGCAGCAGCAACAACAGCAGCAGCAGCGAGGUAGAUGGGCAUGCAGAGGCAAGCCCCAGCAUUUGGAGCAGCAGCAGCAGCAGCUGCGCAGUUUGCAGCGACAGCGACAGCAGCCCUUUCUCUAUCACAAUGGUGCCUUGCAGGCCGUCUCCUAGGGCAGCAGCAAGAGCAGCAGCAGCAGCAGCAGCACCAGCAGCAGCAACUGCUGCAGCAGUGCCUGGCCGUCCACCAACCCCUGUGCUGCUACCGCUGAGGCUGCGGCAGCAGCAAAGGCAGACGCGUGCUGCUGCAGAAGCAGCAGCAGCAGCAACAUCAGCAGCAAGGGAGGAUGACGGAGUGGAGCAAGACUCUCCAACUGCAGCAGCAGCAGCAACCAAUGCAGCAGCAACAGCAGCAGCAGCAGCAAGGGGCCUCAGAAGGGUGCAUAGGGCUCCACCGCCGCCGCUGGCGAAGUGUCUCCCCACACCUGAACCUCCGUCUCCUUUGGCCUUCCCUCCUGCAGCAAUUGCAGCAAGGAAGCGUCUUGCUGCUGCUGUCCUUGCUGCUGCUGCGGAGCUCAACAACAACAGCAGCAGCAGCAGCAACAGCAGCAGCAGCAGCAGCAGCAGCAGCAGCCAUGCACCGGCGCCAAGCCCACGGAAACCGCCACCGUCGCCGUGCAGCAAAGUGCAGCCUGCUGAUUGCAACAGCAGCAGCAGCAACAGCAGCAGCAGCAGCUGCAACAGCAGCAGCAGCAGCAGCGGUGCUGCAGGUGUUACGUUACCCAUUCCGCACAUCUCUGCUGCAACAACUGCAAAACAGCAGCAGCAGCAGCAAACGAAGCAACAGCACUCCCGCACUGGUGCGCAGCAGGCUGGCCGCCGGCUGCGGAGGCAAGAACGGCAGCAGCAGAAGCAGCAGCAGCAGCAGCGGCAGGUGCAGAUGGCCGAGCAGGCGCAGCAGCAGCAGCUGCAGCGACUGGGUUUGGCAGGGAAGCAGGAGCUGCAGCAGCAGCAGCAGCAACAGCAGCAGCUGCUGCAGCAGCAGCCCACCGUGGUGGUGUCAGUGUGCAGACGCUACGUCCACAUCCCGCUGCUGCGGCAGCAGCCGCUGCUAACGUUUGCAGACUCAAGAGAAGCAAUGCAUAACUGCUUAGGCUGCUCGCAGCCGCAGCAGCAGCAGCAGCAGCAGCAGCAGCAGCAAGGCAAGAGGCGUCUGGGGCUCUCAGCGGCGCUUCUGGGGGAGAUCUGCUGCUUCCUGCCUAUUCCAGAUUUCUUCAUCUUCAGACAGGUCAGUAACAGCAGCAGCAGCAGCAGCAGCAAUAGCAACAGCUGCAGCAGCAGUGAGCAGCUGCAACUGCAGCAGUUAGAAGCAGCAGGAUCAAAGCACACAGCAGCCAGCACAGGACGUCUGCCGCGCGCACUGCAGCGCAGCAGUAGUCAGUCGCUACACCGCAAGUUUGAGGCUAUUCAGUUUGUUGCUGCUGUCAGUGAGGAGGCGCGGCGAUUUGUAUUUGCUGUUGGAGCAUACUCCAAUCUUGCGAAGUCUGUCUCCAGAGCAUUCGGUAAAGCUGCUGCUGCUGCUGCUGCUGCUGCUGUUGCUGUUGCUGCUGCUGCUGCUGCUGCUACUGAUCGAUCUCCUUCUGCUGUUGCUGCUGCUGCUGCUACUGAUCCAUCUCCUGCACUUGGUGCUGCUGCUACCAAGCCUUCUAAUGCUGUUGCUGUCGCUUUCAUUGGUGCGGCUGCUGCUAUUUCUUGUGUUGGUGCUGCUUCCUUUGCUGCUGUUGCUGAUAUUGCUGCUCUUGCUCCUGCUGCUCUUGCUGCUGCUGCUGCAGGGAGGAAGCCUGAAGUGUUGGUUUUAAGUGAAGACCAAGCGAGCUCUCCGUUCGCCUCUGCACACAACCCACGUGCUGAGCAGCAGCAGCAGCAGCAGCAACAGCAGCAGCAGCUGCUUGCUCUGAGGGGGCAGCAGCGGCUGCUCGAGCAGCAACAGCAGCAGCAGCGGCGGCCAGACCUCCAAGUGCAGCAGGGACAACAGCAGCAACUGCAGCCGCAACAGCAACAGCAGCAAACUCAGCUGCAACAGCAGCAACAGCAGCAGCAGCUUGUCUCCGAUUCGUUGCAGCAACAGCCAGAGGGCUGGGAGCAUCUUUCGGUGCGGCCGCAGCAGCAGAUACGUUCAAGGCAGCAGCAGCUGCUGCAGCAGCAGCAGCUGUUGCUGCAACAGUUGCAUCAACCUGAGCAGCAGCAGCAGCAGCAGCCGCAGCAGCUGCAGCAGCCGCAGCAGCAGCAACUCGAGUUGAUUCAGAGGAGCGUUGCUUCCGCCCACCAGCGGACUCUGCAGCGGCUGCAGCAGCUGCUGCAGCUGCCGUCUAUACGUAGCCAGCUGCAGCAGUUGCAGCAGCAGCAGCAGCAGCAAGGAGGAGGAGGUAGCCAGACGCUCCAAGAUGCGUUGCUGCUGCAGCAGCAAAUGGCAGUGCUGCAGCAGCAGCUGCAGCCCCGCGGGCUGUGGCUUCCCGAAGUGCUGCUACAGCAGCAGCAGGUCCGCAGCAUCUUAUCUCUGCCAAGGCCUCCUCUUGCUUCUCAGGCAAGCGCAGCAGCAGCAACAGCAGCAGCAACUGCAGCAGCAGCAGCAGCAGCACCCCCAACAGUUGUUGGAGCUUCCGGGUCUGCAGCAGCAAAUUCUUUGCUGCCGCUACUCCGUCGAUUUGCUGAUGCUGCAGCGGCAAACAGAGCUCAGUCGUUGCUGCUGCUGGAUGUUGCAGAAGCGCCUCAGCAGGUGCUGCAACCUGAACAGGAGCAGCAGCAGGUGCAGCAGCAGGUGCAGCAGCAGCAGGAUCAGGAUGAGCAGCAGCAACAGCAGCAACAGCAGCAACAGCAGGGCCUGGCAGCCCAGCAGCAGCAGCAGCAACUGCUGCAACUCAACGCCUCUACGUCGCCUACGGUGGCGUCGCCUUUGCCCGAUCAGCCAGAGCAGCAGCAACAGCAACAGGAGCAACACCAGCAGCAACACGAUCAGCAGCAGCAGCAGCCUCUCGAAGAUGAGACGCAGCCUGCACCUCAAGCAGCAGCAGCUGCUGCUGCUGCUGCUUCUGCUGCUGAAGGUCGCCCGGUGUAUCUCCGGCAGCAGUUUCUGCUCCGCGGAGAGCGGCGUGGGCGACUGCAUUUAACAGCGGUGCAGCAGGAGCAGCAGCAGGAAGAGCUGCAGCAGCAACAGCAGCAGCGGCAGCAGCAGCAGCAGCAACAGCAGCAAAACAGCCCCCCAGGGACAGCAGAGGCGUCUCCAUCUCCUCGCGGCUCUCUUACACCGCGAACCUCUUCGCAACCCUUUGCAGCAGCAACAGCAGCAGCAGCAGGUGCUGCUGCUGCUGCUGCUGAGGGGGGCGUUCCGCCGGGUGCUGCUACUGCAGCUGCUGCAGAUGAAGGGCCUCUGUCAGCAGCAGCACCAACUGGAAGCCCUGCAGCAGCAGCAGCUGCUGCUGCUGUUGCUGCUGCUGCAGCAGCAGAACGACCUUGGGAUGAACGCGUGCUGCAGGGGGUGUGGGGCGCAGCAACGGGCGGCGCAGCCCCCCCGGACGUAGCAGCAGCAGCAGCAGCUGCAGCAGCAGCAGCAGCAGCAGCAACAGGGCAGAUGGCGCAGCUAGACGUAUAUGUUCAUGGGCUUACACAAACCCCGCUGACCUAUCGGAUGCCUUUGGCAGUGCCUUUCAGGAAGCUAAUGCGCUACUACAAGGAUCAGGCGGGGCUGCGAGAUGAUGUGGUGGAGUUUCUGUGGGUUAAGCGCAAAGUCGUCACACGGCUGCUGCCCGAUCUAAGCCCCAUCGAUUACCGCAUGCAGCGAGGGCAGCUGCAGCUAUUUGCUGAGGCUCGUCCGUCUCUUCAAUAUGCACAGAAGGUGUGGAUCUCUCUUUUUAUCGAAGGCUCGGAGGAGGCUCCUUAUCUUCCUCGUUUGCGUUUCAAUGCCAGCAUGAUGACUCCCUUCUCGCGACUCUCUGAGAGCUACAGCAGAAACGUUGGGGUUGCCGAGGGAGAUUUGCUGCUGUUUUACUCUGCUGAAUUGAGGCCUGGAGCUGCUGUGCCUGUAGCCCUGGCGGAGCAGUACGAACAAUCGCAGCGUAGCAGCAAAGGGAUUGAUUGCAGUGCAGCAGCAGAAGCAGCAGCAGAUGCUGCUGCUGCUUCUGUUGCUACAGCUGGUGCAUGCAUCGUAACGCGCAGCAAAGUGCAGACUGCUCCUGCAGCAGCUGCUGCUGCUGCAGCAGCAACGGGAGAUGCAGCAGCUGCAGCAGCAACAGGAGCAGCAGCUGCUGCUGCUGCAGCUGCAGGAGAGCUCGGUGUUACGUUGGUAGUUUGGGCUUUUUUGGCUGCUGUAGCAGUGCAGCCUACGGCCCUUAAACCCUCACCCCAGCAGCAGCAACAGCAACAGCAGCAGCAACAACAGCAACAGCAGCAGCAACAACAACUAAGCAGAAACAACUGGAACAAAUUAUUAGAAACUAACAAGUAUCAGUGUCAUCUAUUUGCUGCAGCAACUAACUGCAGCAGCAAGCAACAGCGCCUGCUACCCAAGCCGCAGCAGCAGCAACAGCUGCAGCAGCUAGAACAGCAGCAGCAACCUAAUUCGCUGCGGAAGCACUUCCGCACACUGCAGCAGCAGCAUGCUGUCGUGUACACAGCAGAUACUGCAACUAACCCCAUGCGGAAGUGCUCCUUAGCAGCACCGCAGCAGCAGCAGCAGCAGCAGCAGCAGCGGGGGAGGCUUCAUAGACGUGUAGGCAGCAGAAACAGCAGCAACAGCAGCAGCAGCAGCAGGAACGACAUCAGCAGCAGCAGCAGCCGCAGCAGCAGCAACGACAGCCUUCUCAGCAGCAGCAGCAGCCGGGCGUUGUUUCCACUCCCAAGCCGCAGCAGCAGCAAACGAACCAAUUGUUUGCGCAGGACGCAGCAGCAACUGCAUCAGCAGCAGCAGCAACAGCUGGAGCAGCAGCAAGCUAGCACGGACUCUGACUCAGCAGAGACAUACUUGCCUUCGAGCCGUCGUCAGAAGCAGCAGCAGCAGCAAGAGAAGCAGCAGCUGCUUUCUGGCUGCAGCAAAUCAACUUCUUUGGGUUUUCCGACGCAACAGCCUCAGCAACAGCGGCAGCAGCAGCAGCAGCAGCAGCAGCAGAAUGCGUUUAGUGGGGCCAUGGCUUCCACUGCUGUUGCUGCAUUGGUGGAGGCUGCACUGGGGUGGCGUCAGGUCUUCUUCUGUGCUGCAGCAACAGCAGCAGCAACUUCUGUGAUGCUGCUGUAUCUGCUGCCGUGGAGCAGCCAGAAGGCCCUGCAGCAGCAACAGCAGCAGCAGCAGCAGCAAGCGGAACAAGAGGGUCUCGAGGAAGCCGCUGCGGCAGCAGCAGCAGCAGAAGAUAAUUUGGACGUUCAGCAGCAGCAACAGCAGCAGCAGCAGCAGCAGGGAAGCAUGGAGCAGGAGCAGGCGAUUUGGGAAUGGGGUCCGCAGCAGAUGCUGCUGCAGCAGCAGCAACUCGCUCUGCUGCAGCAGCAGCUGCACUCUCCUGACUGUCUCGUUUGCUUCCAGCCUCAAGAAGCUGCUUGCAUAGAGAUGGGGGGUACGGGCGAGAGCAGCAGCAUAGCAGCAACAGCAACACCGCCUGAGCAGGGGGCCCUUGCAGACACAGAGAGCAGCAGCAGCAGCAGCAGCAGCACUAGCCCCAGCAGCAGCAGCAACAGCCCAAGCAGCAGCAGCAGCAUCAGCAGCAGCAGCAGCCCCCUCCACGGCUUCUACUACUCCACUGCUGCGGCAUUCACCUCCGCAGUUACGCCUUGUACUGCUGCUGCUGCUGCUUCUGCUGCUGCUGCUGCGGCUCACGCUCCCGGGCAACGUGCAGCAGCAACAAACCGAAGCAGGAGCCAAGUGCUGCCUCCCCUGCAAGCAGCAACAGCGCCUGCAGCAGCAGCAGCAGAAGCAGCAGAAGCAGCAGCUCCUUGGGGGCGUCAACCCCCCCGUGGCCGUUCUGCUGCAGCAGCUGCAGCAAAUCAGCUGCAGCAGCUGCUGCAGAUGUUUUCGGUUGCCUCAAGCAGCAGCAGCAGCCGUCAUUUGCGUGGAGGGACAGCAUUACGUUGCACUCGCAGCGGCAGCAGCAGCAGCAGCAAGAACAGGAGCAGCAGGAGCAGCAGCAACUUGCGGCGUGGGAGCAGCAGCAAGCAGCGCGUUGCUGGGGGAUUGCUGCAGCAGCACCAGGCCCGCGGCUUGAUUUGUUUAUCUGCUGCUGCUUACUUCUUCAUUAAGCUUAUCCGAUAUAGUUUGCUGCUGUGGCUGCCCUUCUUUCUCUCGCAGCAAGUGCAUAUGUCUGCUGCUGCUGCUGCUGCUGCUUCCAUACCCUUCGAUAUAGGGGGGAUGUUGGGCGCAGUUGCUGCGGGUUUUGCUGCAGAUAAACUCUGCUCAGGGAGGAGACUAACGUGUGCUGCAACAAUGAGCCUUGCUACUGGAUUUUGUUUGCUGCUGCUGGCACUGUCCUGUCAACAGCAGCAGCUGCUGCGCGAGCAGCACCAGGAGCAGCAGCAGCAGCAGCAAGCAACCCUGCAGCAGCUGCAGCAGCUGCAGCAGGAAGCCGUUAUGCUGCUAGAGCAGCAACACAAACGGGCUAAGCUGCAGCUGCCGCUGCAGCUGCAGCAGACGCUGGAUAGGGUGCAGCUUCUUGAACAGGAGCUGCAGAGGCAGCACCACCAAGUGCAGCAGCAUCAGAAGGAACAGCAGCAGCAACAAGUGCAGCAGCAGCAGCUGCAGCAGCAGCAGCAGGACUCUCACGAAGUGCAGCAACAGCAGCAACAACAACAGCAGCAGCAGCAAGAGCCACCAUCGCCUACGCCAACUGCGCAGCAGCAACAACAGGAACAACAGCAGCCGCAGCAACCCUUGCAGCAGCAACUGCAGCAGCAACAAGUGCAGCAGCAGCAAGUGCAACAGCAACAACCUCAGCAGCAGCCACAGCAGCAACUGCAGCAACCCCUGCAGCAGCCACAGCCGCAGCAACCCCUGCAGCAGCCACAGCCGCAGCAACCCAUGCAGCAGCAGCAGCCGCAGCAACCCAUGCAGCAGCAGCCGCAGCAACCCCUGCAGCAGCAGCAGCCGCAGCAACCUCUGCAGCAGCAGCAGCCGCAGCAACCUCUGCAGCAGC